CGCGCGAAGAACUCCGCUGGAGAUGACCGAUGGCCUCGACUUCACGGAAUCUUAAGCCGAAGUACCCACAUUAAAAAGCCAAAGCCAAGGAGGAGCGAGCCAAACCAGCGUCCACUCUGAAGGGAAAUCAAGCCCAUCGAAGAAGAGACUCGCAGAAUCAUCCAAGAUGGUAGCCAUCGCAUGCAAAGUGCUUACUGUCGUCAUCUCUGCCCUGUCCUUCGCCAGCGUUGUCUUGGCCUACUCCGUGGACAAUGUGACGCUCGCAAAUGGAAGGACGAGUGCUACGCCCGGAGAGAGGAUCGCUGUGCACUUCGACACCAGCCUCACGCAGAGCUCGACGGAACAGUACUCGAUAGCUUUUGCCCUUACCACGGCCGACGACAGUCGUCUCAAGACCGCUACUAGCGCCUUCCCCUUCACAGCUGUUGACGUCACAAAUGUUGAAAAGGGCCGGGGAACGAUGCAGAAGGGCUUCGAUGUUGAGGUGACGCUACCCUACAACAUUAAGGAGGAAAAAGUGAAACAAAAGUGGAAGCUCGCAACCGCUAUUCUCAACGCUGGUGGACGAACUGGACUGAUGUACGUAACCUACCUACACACCGACAUCGACAUCAGGUUUCCUUGA